GGCGGAGUUCAUGUGGAUUGGCUGUCGGGUGGCGAGAGGUCCGCGCUGAUUCGUUGGCAGCGCUCACGGGACGCCGGCGGGGCUGUGACGUCACGCUGUGGUGGAGGGGCUCGGCUUGUCAGAGUUCCUUUGGAAUUUAAAGGACAUUAUUUUUUUUAAAAAAGAGAAGAGGUGAAGAAAAGGAACAGUCAGAAGAUUUGAACACUGGAGCACAGGAUUAAGGAUACCUCUGUAGAACAUCAACACUUAAAAAGAUGUGGUGACUAGAAGAACCUCUAUUGUUGCCCAUAGUGCAUAUAGUGCCUUAUAAAGAUGGGGUUUGGAAGUGACCUGAAGUAUUCUCAUGAUGCUUUGUUAAAAUUGCAAGAUUGGGAGUUACGACUACUGGAAACUGUGAAGAAAUUUAUGGCCAUGCGAGUAAAAAGUGACAAAGAAUAUGCAUCUACUUUACAGAAUCUUUGUAAUCAAGUUGAUAAAGAGAGUACUUCCCAACUGGAUUAUAUUAGCAAUGUAUCCAAGUCUUGGCUGCUUAUGGUACAGCAGACAGAGCAACUUAGCAGGAUAAUGAAGACACAUGCAGAAGAUCUUAACUCUGGGCCACUACAUAGACUUACAAUGAUGAUCAAAGACAAGCAACAAGUAAAGAAGAGUUACAUAGGUGUUCAUCAGCAAAUUGAGGCAGAGAUGUUCAAGGUCACAAAGACAGAACUGGAGAAAUUAAAAUCUAGUUACAGACAAUUAAUAAAAGAAGUUAACUCUGCCAAAGAGAAGUAUAAAGAAGCUGUGGCUAAAGGAAAGGACACUGAAAAAGCUAAAGAUCGUUACGAUAAAGCCACUAUGAAACUUCACAUGCUGCAUAAUCAGUAUGUGUUGGCACUGAAGGGAGCACAGUUACAUCAGCACCAGUACUAUGAUACUAUGCUUCCUCUGUUACUUGAUUCGUUACAGAAGAUGCAAGAAGAAAUGGUUAAAGCACUAAAAGGAAUCCUUGAUGAAUACAGUCAGAUCACCAGUCUUGUAACAGAAGAGAUAGUGAAUGUUCAUAAAGAGAUCCAGACUUCUGUUGAACAGAUAGACCCUAACUCAGAGUACAAUUGCUUCAUAGAGGCUCACAGGUCAUCAGAGAAUGUAGAACAAGAAAUAGUGUUUGAUACAUCUUUACUGGAAGAAAAUGAAAAUCUUCAAGCUAAUGAGAUCAUGUGGAAUAACUUAACAGCAGAAAGCUUGCAAGGAAUGUUGAAAACAAUAGUAGAAGAAUUGAUUCAGACACAGCAGAUGCUUUUGAACAAAGAGGAACUUUUGUUGGAACUAGAAAAGAAAAUAGAAGAAUCUUCUAAGACCUGUGAAAAAAAAUCAGACAUUGUGCUUUUGCUGAGCCAGAAGCAAGCGCUAGAAGAACUCAAGCAAACAGUUCAGCAAUUAAGAUGCACGGAGGCAAAAUUUACAGCCCAGAAAGAACUUCUAGAACAAAAAGUUCAGGAGAAUGAUGGAAAAGAGCCACCUCCAGUAGUAAAUUAUGAAGAAGAUGACAGAUCAGUCACUUCUAUGGAUAAGAAGGAUAAGGUGUCCAGGUUUGAUACUAUUCGUCACUCCAUCGCUGGAAUGAUAAGAUCUCCAAAAUCCAUGCUGGGCUCUUCAUCAUGCCCUCCGGAGAAAGUAGCAGAGAAACCUUGUACUUCCUCAAACACCCAGGAGUUUAGUAAAGCUCAGUUCUUUGAUGUAAUAUCAACCAGCGAGAAACCAUUGGCUGAGCAAGAUUGGUAUCAUGGUGCAAUUCCACGAAUAGAAGCCCAGGAGCUGUUAAAGCAGCAAGGAGACUUCCUGGUGCGAGAGAGCCACGGGAAACCUGGUGAAUAUGUCCUUUCUGUGUUUUCAGAUGGACAACGGAGACACUUUAUCAUACAAUAUGCUGAUAAUCAGUACCGAUUUGAAGGAACUGGGUUUCCAACUAUUCCUCAGCUUAUAGACCAUCAUUACACAACAAAACAAGUAAUUACUAAGAAAUCAGGUGUAGUUCUGCUGAAUCCUGUUGUUAAGGAUAAGAAAUGGGUUCUCAAUCAUGAAGAUGUCACACUGGGAGAAUUACUGGGCAAAGGUAAUUUUGGUGAAGUAUAUAAGGGAACAUUAAAGGAUAAAACUCCUGUUGCUGUAAAAACUUGUAAAGAAGACCUCCCUCAGGAACUGAAAAUAAAAUUUUUAUCAGAGGCCAGAAUACUCAAGCAAUAUGACCAUCCCAAUAUUGUCAAGCUAAUAGGAGUUUGCACUCAAAGGCAGCCUAUUUAUAUAGUUAUGGAACUUAUUCCAGGAGGCGAUUUCCUCUCCUUUUUAAGAAAGAAGAAGGAUGAGCUAAAAACCAAACAGUUAGUGAAAUUUUCAUUAGAUGCUGCUGCUGGUAUGGCGUAUCUCGAGUCUAAAAACUGUAUACACAGGGACCUUGCUGCAAGGAACUGCCUGGUAGGUGAAAAUAAUGUUCUGAAGAUCAGUGACUUUGGAAUGUCUCGUCAAGAGGAUGAUGGGGUAUAUUCAUCUUCAGGCUUAAAGCAGAUUCCUAUCAAAUGGACUGCUCCAGAGGCACUCAACUAUGGGAGAUACACUUCUGAAAGUGAUGUAUGGAGCUUUGGGAUCCUUCUUUGGGAGACCUUCAGUCUAGGCGUAUGUCCAUACCCUGGAAUGACCAACCAACAAGCACGGGAACAAGUGGAGAAAGGAUAUCGAAUGUCAGCACCUCAAAAGUGCCCAGAGGAAAUAUAUAAAAUAAUGCAGAGAUGCUGGGACUACAAACCAGAAAACCGACCAAAAUUCAGCGAGAUUCAGAAAGAACUAUCUUCAAUCAAAAAGAAAGUGACAUAGUGAUAAAGUAGUGCCAAACUCAACCUACAGAACUCUGUUUUUCAACAAAGUAAUAUUUUCCCCUCAAACACUGUGUGUUUAUACCACAUUAUCUGCAAUAUUCUUCUAGGGUUACUUUUUAAAAUUAACUCUUUUUUUAUAUAUGUGUGUGCGUGCGCGCGUCAUCUUGGAAAAUGUCUAAGCAUACAUUAAAGAGAGACGAUUCUGCCAAAUGUUAUAUAUCUAGUCACAUUAACACUGUCAUUUAGGAUACAUGUAAAUAGAACAUCACAUACUGUAGAUUUAAAGGACUAUGACGCCUAUCUAUUUUACAGUGAUAAACUGCUAGUGACAUUUUCUAAAGGUUUUCUACUUUAUGCUGCAUUCUUAAUUUGCUAUCUCAGUUGCAGUUAUCAACCAGUGACACUAAAACACAGUGGCUGUGCCAUGUUUCUGAAGACUUUAAAUCUGAGGACCACAAUUUUUUAAUAGUAUUUCAAUUAGGAACUUUAAACCAUUUCUGCAACUGAUAUUUUAAAUGAUAUAUUGCUUUAAGAAAGAACAUCAGUUAAGAUUCUGGAUGUGCAUGUAUUCUUUUUAAACAAAGAAAUCCAUAAUUUUUUUGUAGAAUAAUAUUCACAUCAUUUACAAACGCAUCCUUAGAUUUCUUACAGUUGCUCUCAUCAUAGUAAAUAUGUUCAACUUUGGACAUUACUUGCUACUUUUUUACCUGUGAAAAUUAAGAAGUUUAUCAGGUAUCUUUAUGCACAAAUCUCCUUUGAUAGGCUAGGUUUUUUCUAAAAGGCCAACAUCCAGUCUUGGGUGAUACAUGUUUGUCAGGAAAUACUCCAAAUCAUCUGCCUUUCAAAGUACAAGCAGAAGAAGAAAACCAUUGGUUUUGAAUGUAAACAUGUAGAAAAGAGGUCAGCAGGAAGCAAGUUUGAGAACGAGAGUGGCAUGUAAUGAAGGUAACUGGUAGCAUUGAUUUUAGAUGAGUAAAAGAAAGCAAACUGCCAAAUUGGCUUUUGGAGGUUCUCUGAUAGUUUGAUUUUUUUUUCCGAUUUUCAAAUAAUUGAUAUUCCUUUUCUGCAUGCAGUUGGAGUCAGCAAAUGGACAUGUUUUAAAAGAAUACUUUCCAUGCAUAUUUUCCAAAGAAAAAGGCUACAUCUCACUUGCAGAAAGAAAUGCUACCUGUUUUAAACCUCUGGAAGGCUGAACAAGGCAUAGAGUAGAAAUAUUAAUCUAUAGAAAUGUCUUUAGUUGCGUUCAGAUUUGCAUACUCACACUGUCAAGGAGGAAAAGAUUGGUAUAAAAAUAGUAUUCUUAUAGGAAGAAUAAAAGCUAAUCAGUUGGGGGGAGGGAGGGAGCACAAAUAAUUUGUGGCUUGGACCUAUCUCUACAAAAGGCCCUGAUAAGGGUUCCAAACUGCCACAGAGACCUGUGACUUUAGCAACAAAGUUAUGAUCUGAGAUCCAAAGUUUGGGAGACCUCUCUCUAAUAAUUAUCAAACUGCUAUCAGCUCAAGGUGUGUUAACAAGGAAUUAACUGCCAGACCAAGUGACUAAAACAGAGGAAUAAAAGAAAAACAGCAUUUGGGACUUUUAGUGGCCCUAUUUCUUUUCUUGGGGCUGUAUAAUAUUUUAUUUCUAUUGUGGUGACUCUUCUAUUGUGCAGAGCACAAUUUCUGCUCUUUAAAGUACAUUUAUGGUAGUAUUGAAGGAGAUAGAUGUGUGACUGAAGUAUUUGUAGGCUAUGAGUUUUUCGACCAGUAUCUGUUACAUUAAAUUUAGUGUCCAAAUGAACAGUGAAGCAGCAUACUGGAGAACACUUUUUUCAGUGUAGGUGGACUUGUUAGCACCUGGGUUUGUUCUGGGGGCAAAGGAAACAAAACACACUGGGGAAAAGGAGUAGAAACUGAAAAUAAAGGAAAAAUUAGUGUAAUCCCUUUAUCAUCAUUAUUUCUUUAUGUAAAUACUGUGUACAUUUAAUCAUCACUGUGCUCACACUUGGUCCAAAGAUCUUUGUCUCAAUACCAAUAAGAAACAUUGUUUAGUCAGUUAGCAUUGAUACUAAAUGUUACACAAACAGCGUGCCUUAAUGAGCUGGCAUGCUUGUGUGAAUAAAAGUGCAUGAAAAUGCCAGAAAUGUGCAACGAUAACUCUGGGAAGAAUCCAGAUAAAUCACCCAACUAUAGGUCCUCAUCUAUGCACUCGCUAAUGUCUAAAAGGAAGGACAAGAAUGUAUUCGCUUUUACUUAGGUUAACACACUUUUUUUUUAAAUGAAUGAAAGAGACUAUACUAUUUCAAAGGACUGCAUAUGUCCUACCUUUCAACGAGAAAAUAGAACAGUUCUUUUUGUCUUAAUUUGGUAAACAGGACACACAAUUCUGAUUCUUAUGUACAGAGGUAAAAGGACAACAACUGUAUUCAUUUUUCACUUAUCUAAGCAGUUAACAUUUUGCAAUUCACAUCAUACUUCUGUUUAAAUUGAAAAGGCUUUUCAAAACAUGGAACACCUGCAGCAUCUAGAGUAUGUUGUGUUCUUUGUCCUAAAGCAGACAGGAAUUCAAUUCAUGAUUAAUAAUCCUUUGGGAAACUGUCAGGAUGAGUUCAUUGGUAUAGAAUAAAUUUAAUAUAGGCAUAUGUGUUUUUCACAAAAACUUAUUCAAACUGUUUUCGCAGCAUUAAUUCAGUUGCAUUUGUGGCAUAAUUUAUUUGUCCCAUCUGUCACAUGUAAAUUAUUGGAAUUAUGUACUUUAGGAAGUUACGUCAAUAUCAGAUACAUGUCUAUAACUACUUUUCUUAACUUUGCAAGUUUAUGGCAGGGGAGACUACAAAAAUGUACAAAGAAAAACCCUUCAAUUUAAUCAACGGAAAACCAGAUAUAGCAUUCAAGAACCAAAUUUGCAGCUAUCUGCCUUCUCUGUAGUCUUGAUGUCUUUUAAAUGAACAUAGGGUUAAAAUCUUAGCAAUGUUAAUGAAUUAAUCGGAUAUUGGAUAGUUAACUUUUUUUUUUUAAACAGUGUUUUGUACAUUUUGUUUAAGAUACAGCAAAAUGAACAGUAUCCUCUUUUGGAAAUUCAGUGUAUUUAAUAGGCUUUGACAUCUGCACUGCCCCAUUUUAUGGGGUUCUAACAGGCUUUGGAAAUGGUUAUAUAUCCAGGAACUACCCGUCUUAAAAUUCAUAUAACACUUAAUUGUACCCUAAAAUUAAAACCUCUAAGUAUAUCAUAGGAGAUGGAGAGUGAUUUCUCCAGUUAUUGCCAAUUAUUUUCCUCCUUUUCAAGGCAUAAAAGAAUGAAAAGUGCUACUGUCAUAUUUCAUUUAUAAAUUUAAGAGAUUAUUUUAAAGCUAAUAAUGAGUGUACAGUUUCAGUUGUUUACAACAAAACUGAGCAUUUAAAACUAGCCUCAAUGUUUAGGUGUGAAAUCAUCAUCCUGGUUAUUAAGAUUCCCAAAUGUCUGGAGUUCAUGGUUUUAUAGGAAGUGCAAUAUUGAGAAACAGCAUGUUUGAAAACAAGAUGGAGACCUGUGCCCUCAGCAGAUGUGUAAUCUUUUUCUACAGUCUGCAUUUCACAAAAUUGUUUGAGAUUUUUAAUCUAAAAUGAAAAAGUAAACAACAGUGUUUAGCAACUGCAAUCAUUUUGCAUUUUUGUUUCAGAGCUUGAUGUGCAUUUCGUAACUAUGUCACAAAAUCAGCCUCUAUUUUGGAGUGUGGCUUUCGAUGGCUUAACACCACUUUAUAUGCUGUCUGU